UGCUGGCGCUGUAAUUACAUCAACUACGGUAUAGGGCUUUCAAUAGGUAAUGUACCUAUAUAGUUUCCAUGACAACAGCAUUUGACUGCAAGCACAAUCAUGGAACCGCUGCUGGAUCAUCUGAAAGCAGUAAUUGCGACGCUCUCAGGCUCUCUCCCAGACCUCAAACACUUUAUAAAGGACUACAAAGGUACUAAAGACACUGCUGAACGGCUGAAGCAUUUGAGGGUGACCUUAAAACUGGACAGAUGGGCUCUUCCAGAGAUCCAGCCAACAUCUGAUGAGUAUUCCAGUGGAGCAUUAAUCAUUGAACUAUUGCAAGGGGCUCUAGAGUUUUCCCUUGCUAAUGGAUUCCUCUACAAGGAGCUAGGGCCAUUUCUCACCCUCUACCUACACACACUCGGCCUUGUGGCAUAUAACCAGCAAUCGGCUGAAGUGUCACUCACUGUAGUACAGACUAAUUUCAAGAGUGCUGCCGUGGAGUAUUCAAGCAGACUGGCUCGUGUCCACCUACUCAGCUCUGUUUCGUACAUAAAGGAUACCAUCUUCAAACAUUACGAACUGUAUCGUUACCUACUCACACAAGAGCAACCAUUAGAUCUAACCACCAUUGUGAAGGUAGACCUUCCCUUUCCUGUGUCACCAUUACCUCUGACGGACGCACAACAACAACAAGAGUUUAUCAAAAAACAAGAAAUUGCCUCACUCGAGUCAAUACAACAGAGACAAGCGAUGGAAUUUAGGGAAGUUUGUGAGUCAGUUUCAAAACAAGAAAAAGACAGGAUGAUAAGUGUCUAUGAGACGGAGCUAGCUAAGGUGACUGGACUAGAUGAGAUCAGUGAGGAGGAUGUGAAGAGUUUGGUGGAGUCACUCGCAACUGUACACUUUCUGUCAGCAAAGGUGGAUUUGUCACAGACUGUACAAAGACAAGCGAUGAUGCUUGAAAUGAAAACUGAGAAAUUGGAGCUACUCACUCCCAAACAUGAACCCACUCUAGCCAAGAAGAAUAGCUAAUUACAUCAUCAAGACAUUAAUUGGCGUGUGACGUCAGGGGUGGGUGGGGCUGCUCAAUCAGCACUGUUUAUUAAUUAAAUUUUGUUUGGACGAUCUUUACUUUACUAGCCUGAUCCAUCUUUUUUUGUGAUCGUGUCUUUCCUCGAC